AGGAAAGAAUAGAAUAGGAAGAAAGUAGGGGAAUGUAGAAAAGCUAGCAUGCUUUGACGUGACCAAACGCAGAGAACUUUGAAAAUGGACAAUAAAACAAGUCGUUAGAAAAUUCCGUUGCCUCCCUCCAUUAAAAAUCACCGCCCCACUUCCGCCGUGCGCCAUCAUAGCACCUCCGCGACAAAACCAUGAUUUGACCCGAAAUUGCAUCUCUUAAAUUCCAACAGAUUGUUUAAAGACAAUUAAUUGCAUGGGCGCAUCAUUGUCCAACACAACGGAGAACGGUUCGGCCACCGGCGGCGGAACGGGGCUCGGCGACAUGCCGGAGAGUUGCGUUGCCUGCGUCUUCAUGUACCUGACGCCGCCGGAUAUCUGCAAUCUGGCUCGGCUGAACCGUGCAUUCCGCGGCGCCGCUUCUUCUGACGCCGUAUGGGAAUCCAAGCUUCCUUGUAACUACCACCAGAUGCUCGACCUUUUGCCUCCUUGGAGAUACGACGGUCUUCCCAAGAAGGGCAUUUUUGCCCUUCUCUCUCGCCCCGUCCCCUUUGAAGAUGACAAUAAGGAAGUAUGGAUGGAUAGAGUAAGUGGAAGGAUUUGCAUGUCAAUCUCUUCAAAGGCGAUGUCAAUAACUGGUAGUGAAGACAGGAGACAUUGGAACUGGUUUCCAACAGAAGAGUCAAGGUUCCAUGUUGUGGCGUAUUGCCAGCAAGUAUGGUGGUUUGAAGUAAGUGGAAUAGUGAAGUUUCCUUUUCCUCCGGAUAUAUACACACUAACUUUCAGGAUCCAUCUGGGGAAAUAUUUUAAGAGAUUAGGCCGACGUGUUCCCAACUUUGAGCACACUCAUGGAUGGGAUUUGGGGCCAGUACGCUUUGAACUGUCCACUUCUGAUGGACAGCAUGCAGUUAGUGAGUUCUUUCUCCAUGAAGUCGAGCAAUAUGAUGCAAAAAAACGCGGGUGCUGGAUUGAGUACAGGGUGGGUGAAUUUAUUGUCAGUAGCUCAGAUCCUGUAACUGAAGUUAGAUUUUCUAUGAAACAGAUUGAUUGCACACAUUCGAAAGGUGGGCUCUGUGUAGACUCUCUAUCAAUUACACCCAGCGAUCUCAAGAGGUGUAGGAGGAAAGGGGUUAAAUAGUUUCUGUAAAUGAUAUGUUUUAUAGUUUUAUUCUAUUACCAACGCUCUUAGAAUUAGGUUCCAUUACACAGCUUAUACUAUCAUUGUGCUUGUACCUUAGGUGUGUUACUCUCUUGUCCAUGUAAAUGUUAAAGCUUUGUACUUGAUCCAGUUUUGCUGCAUAGUAUAGCUACUACGGAACAUCAGGUAAAUAUGCUCUCUGUUCACCUACCAUGAAAAGAAAGGUUUAGUUGUUUUUAGUUUUAUCA